AAUGUAGUGCUGUACCAUUUUUACUUUUAUACUUUAAUGAAGGCCCUUUAGCGAGUUAAAUCAUUUUAAACCGACGGUAGAGAGCCAACAUAUUUUUAAUCGCAUAUAUUUUCGCUUCGAGUGUCUUUUAGAUGAUAUAAGCCAUGUUUCUGUCCUUUAGUCAUUUUUUAGGCGUGUGACGUGACGCAGUGGCGGGAAAACAGGUGAGGUAAAGCUAUCACUAACAAGUUAUUUUCAUGCGAGCUAGCUAGUUAGCAUUAAUCUACUCAACGAUUUACACAGACGCUUUUAGAAUGAUAUUUUCACACAGAAACAUAAACCAGCUGUUUCCACAAUGUUAAACGCCAACAGGACCGAUCUGCGCUUAUUACUGGAGUGUCUGAAGUACCAGAUGAAAUGUCCAGCAUCUCAGAAACAAGCUUUACUCACCGUCGUCUCAAUCUGCCAACAGAACUCAGGUCAGAAUAUAGAGUUCCUCAGAGAGAUUGGAGGUGUGACGUUCAUCUAUAACCUCUCCAAGGCCAGCGAUUACUCUGAGGUUAAAGAGACGGCUCUAUUCACGCUCAGCUCUCUGGCUGAAGUUAACGAGAGCUGUAAGCAGAGCCUGUGCAGAGAGGAGAUGUUCUGUGGCUUGGCCGACUGCAUGGAACAGGAAGAGUCCCUCACGCUGAAGAGAGUGGCCGUGUACUUGCUUUGUGUAUUAGUUUCCAACAACAAACAGGGACAGAGCUUUGUUAGGACUUCUAGGUGUAUUGAUGUCCUGCUCAACUUAUUCAGGAGUACUUAUCCCAUGGCUGAAGGAACUAAUGAGCUGCUGCAGCUGUGGACCUCAGUGUCCAGUGCUCUCUGUGGCUGUGUCAACAACCCCCAAAACGAGGAGAACCAGUGUGCAUGCAUGUGUGUGUUGCCUCUGGUCAAAGUGUGGCUCCAGCAGGUAUCCGUGUUCAGGGCAGAGCUGGCUCAACCCAUCUGCUCCUUCAUCAGCAUGACUGUGGCUAAUAACUCAUGUGUUCAGGAAUAUUUUGCAUCUGUUGGAGGACUGCUUACUCUCUCAGACACUUUGUCCAGUGCAGUUACUCAGUGCAGGGAGAAUCCUGAAGCCUGUAAACUUGCUGCCAUGAUUACCAGAACACUGUCUGCAUGCAUCACUGACAACGAGGCCUUAGCACCGGUUCUGUCUGAACUGAUGUUGGUUCCACACCUCCUACUUUUGCUGUCCUGCCCAAACCUUAGUCCACGAGACCAGCUGGCCGUGGUGUUGACGCUCGGGUGCUGCACUGACGCAUGCGUGGAGCAUCAGGUUGAGUUGUUGCGGGGAGGAGGACUGCCUCUGGUCAUCUCUCUCCUGAUCGAUGCGAACGAUGAGGAAGUCAGAAAGGCAGCUACCUUUGUACUGCAGACAUGUCAAAAACUCACUGGAUCUAUAGCAGGUCAGAGUGUGGAGUCUGAUCUACAGAAACACCGUCAGUCAGCCUGGGAGAUCGGGCAGAGAAUUCAGCAGCUAGAAAGAUCACAGCUGGAUAAUUUGGGAAAGGGUGUAGAAAAUUCUUCAGCUCAGAUCACAGAAUGCAGAGAGGAAUUGUGGGAAGACUCGGUGGUGCGAAAGGACAGUGGUCGAAGCGGAGAGUCAGGGAGAGAGGACAUUCCACAGAACUUCACACCACCUACACAAUGUCCACCUCAGCCAGUCACAGUGCAGGGGCUGGGAAACCAGCAGCCAAUGCAACAUGUUCGGAGACAGAUUGUUAAAGACUUUGAUAAGUCGGUGAAUCAUUUCCAAAGAAGAAACGGAGAACAGCAGCAAAUGGCUGAGAAUGUGAUGGGAAGUAGUGUAGCAGAACAGAAGAGGGAGCAGCUAAUGAGAAGAGAGAGUGGGAUGAAAAACAGAGGGAUGGAAGAAAUGGAGAGAGGUGAAACAAGUGCAGCAAACCUCAACAAAGACAGAAGCACAGAUGACCUGGGAAAUGAAAACUUUGACAGUGCCACACACACCAAACUACCGGUGGCAAAAGACCAAGAUGUAUGCAGCCCAGAUGUUUUCAAACAUCCUGCUACCACGAAGAGACGCCAGCAGGCUCCGUUUGGCUCUGAGGAUGAGCUGUCUGUGUGCUGUGAGCUCCUGGAUAGUGAGAUUGAGAGGAUUCUGUUCACUCCGGCUGCCUCUAAGCCCAGCAAGCUACGCUGUGCAGGGUGUGUGAGCGGGAUGGAUGAGGUGAACAGCAGGACAGUGGGUGUGGUCCUGCGCAGCUGUAAAAGUCGGUGCGAGUUCCACCUGGUGCUGCAGAGAGCUGAGGAUCGUCUGAAGAGAAGCCUGCGUAUCAGUGGGGUCACGCACGGUCGUGAUCACACACGUGAUCGUGGGGUCAGAGACGCGUGUUCUUCAGAAACGGUCUCCAAACACAUAAUGAAAGAAAGAGAGGGUCACACAAACAGACCGAACCACAGAGACACCACGAGGUUGAUAACACUCACUCCGCUGAAGAGAUCGGGUGAAACACAGGGCAAGUUAGGCUCAGAUAUGCAAAACAGACAUGUGUCCGAUCUCCAAAAACCAGGGGGCGGUGAUGGAAUGCAGAGUUCCUCAGCUAGGCAGAGAGACAGGAAAGACUAUUCUGGAGAGGAGAUAAAGUACCUCAGUGAGGGUGUGCGACGUUUUGGUCACUCCUGGAACACUAUACUGUGGGCGUAUCCCUUCCAGCAGGGACGCACAAAUGUAGACCUGGCCAAGAAAUAUAGAAAGCUACAGCAGGGCUCUGCGCCGUCCCCAGACCUCAUAACACAGGAAUCUGCUGAACAAAGAGUCCACUAAAGAGACAGCGUGGUCUGUACAGCCUGUACUGUUCGUGUGUAAACAGCAGUCUAGCCUUUAAUGCAGAAAGCAGUGGCUAUUCCUUAUGAAGUGUUUAUUUAGUAUUGGUGUUGAAUAAAUUACUGGAUAUUAGUUAUUAUAUUAAAACUUGUGCAAAUCUAAAUGCGAAUCUCAAUCUUUAUAAAUUCAUGAAAUAAGACCUUGUGUAGCCGGACUGCUCUUGUGGUCCAAACGGACUCAAAUGGUAUUCCACAUAGUUCAUUAGCAUAAAAAGCUCUUAUGUUAGCUCUUUACUGUCACACAUCCUCAGAAAGAGAGAGGCUCAUACACUCGAUGAGAGAAGAAAGUAAUAAACUGUCUGAGUACUGCAGAUUUCCCAGCAUGACCAGCGCUGUCCCAGUGUCCUUUAGAGUUCACACCAUGUGCUUUUGUUUCUUUUCCAGUCCUGUCA